ACGAAAUAUGCAACUGCAUUUACCAUUGAGGAGCACAUGACCACAUUGGCCAGAAUGCCAGCCACUGCAUUCUUAAGAUACAUCAACUGGAAUGAUUACCUGUUAGAAGCAUGCAAAGAGGUAUUGGUGGACUUGCCAAUGUGGUCACUCCAGUGACCUUUCAGGAAUUGCAGCAUAAUAUUCUGAGCACAGACAAACAAGUGCAAAAGAAUGGCCGCAUUGGAAUUGCACUGUGGGCCGGAGCCCAGGAGUUGUGUGUGGGGUGGAGAGAGAGCUGACCUGCUUGAUAGUUUUGACUCCGAGAUGCAGGAAUGGGAAGAUCAGCUACAGGACAUGCAGAGGAAGAUUGAAGAGUUGUACAACGAGGUCAAAGCACGAAGAGAAGCCAGCGAAAGCAGCACAAGCAAUGUCACAAACAACAAAAGCCUGGACAUUACUUUGCUUCCUGUCAACUCUCAGUAUAGACACCAGGCCAAUGGUUAUCACGAACCCCAUGGUCACCCCAACAACAACCUCCCAAUUCGUCAAUGCGAUGAAGUAAGAGCAGAUCGUUCAGUUAUGCAAAGCCUUGGGUUUCACCACCCCAGUGAUUACUAUAAUGGCUCCAGCAAUUACACACUUAAGUCCCUGAGCAACGACAGCCAUUAUCCUGCCAGUUGUCAUGAUCUUGAAAGGCAAGAUGCCACCCUAGACAUCCUCAAUGGAUAUCUCCAACAGGGCCCGCAUUUUGGAAAGAACUUAGGGAAUCUUGGAAAUCCAAAUGCAAACCCCAAGGUAUAUCCAGUUACACACAGUUAUCAAGAUAGCAUGAAGACUAGCCUGGUGACAAACAGGACUGCCUCAUGUAUAGUUCUGGAUGAGUUUGAGGAGUCUGAGAACAACAAGAACAAGAAAUCAAGUUGGGAUGACUCCCAAGCCCGCCAUGUUAGCUGGAAAGACCCAGUUUCAUCAAACGAGCUUCCCCCUAAAAAUUCAGCUUCCAAACUGGCAAUCAGACAGAGAGAUGCUUCUCCUGUAACCCCUCGUUCCACUUACCAUGAGUCAUCACAACAACCUGACAGGAAGUGCCUCUUGCUUGACAGGAAAUCUGGCAGCCCAUCAGUGUUGCGUAAGUUUGGUGCCAUGUUGCAGGAGAACGAGGGAAAAACCCUGAUAGAGGAUGGUCUUGUGACCACCGUUGUCUCCACUGAAACUCCGAGGCACACCAGCACUCCUAUUUGCCAGAGCAAGUUUGACGCCAAGCGGGCAUCCACACGUGCGCCCGUCCAGAAAUGCCUUGCAAACUGUGACGUACUGGUAACAGAACUGGAGUCCAGCCAGGAGCCUUGGGCAGCUGGUCCUUCUAGACACCUCCUGAAUGGAGACAGAGACAUAUCACAAGGCGCCUCCAGGGCCAAAAACCCACAAAGCAGGCUUCCAGGGUGA